AAUGUAGUCUAUGGUUAUUCCUAACCUAACCUCAAAAUAAUUAAAAAUAAACAAUCCAAAUAAAAUUAUUUGUUACUUACUAAAAUAAUAGUGCUCUUUCUGCCUUUUCUAAUUUUAUCUUUGCAUAAAUUCAUUGGAAUGUCAGCGGCAAAACGAGUCCAGCAAUGGGCUACAUUCGCACGCACUUGGCACAUAUUCGACUGCAAAUGGCAGGACCCUUAUGAGUCUGCGAACAUUAUUAAGAAGUAUCUUAUGGGAUUGCACAAACCCAUCUACCAUCCGAUGAACGACUGCGGCGAUGUGGUCGUGUGCAUAAAUAGCCGGGACAUUGCGUUGCGUGGUGAUGAUUGGCGGCAGAGAGCGUAUUUCCACCACACUGGGUACCCAGGUGGUGCUAGCUGGACUUUAGCUUGGGAAUUGCAUAACAAGGACCCUACUUUGAUUAUUAAGAAAGCUGUCUACAGAUCAAUGAAAGGCAAUCUCCAAAGACGCCACACCAUGGAAAGGCUGUUUGUCUAUCCAGGUGGAAAUAUUCCAGAAGACAUCGUCCAGAAUGUGAGCAACCAGAUCCGUCAGAUCCGCAGGGUUCCAGACAGACUUGACCACAUACCUGAAGAGGAAGUGAAGAAAUUCCCUAAAGUCAUGGAGUAUCCUGAAGAUUACGUCCUUAAAUAAUUCUUUUUUUAAAUAUAUGUAUAUAGAUUAGGAUUAAAGUGUAGUAAAUAAAACUUUAAAGUU